AUGCCUCUCACAAUCCAGCCGAGGAAGCGCAAAGCUGCGUCAAACCCUGGCGCUCCCGCGAAGAAAGUUCGCAUUGGCUCUACCACAAACAUACCUGAUCCGCCGACUGUCUCACCUUCAGGGCGGCCCAAGCGUACCUCUGUUGGUGAACCCCAGUACAAGUUCACAAGACGCCGCUCAUCUAGCACUCAGAAUGUGAGCCCUGCUGUUGCGGAACUGAAGCCUGCGGCCAAGAGACGCGGUAGACCUCCCAAGGCUGCUGCUGCUGCUGCUGCUGCUCAUACACCCACCGCGGAAGAGAAUGUCACGCCUAAGAGACGGGGAAGACCGGCCCAGAAUACCAAGUCAGCCUCAACUCCCAAACCUGCCGCCUCCUCUGCCAAACCCGCCCCUGCAGUGACGAGCCAGAAAUCCCAGCCGAAAGCCUCCGUUACCGUCCCUGCUAGACGUGGAAGAAAGCCGAAGGCUCUGACCGAAGCAGUCCAACCAGACUCCGAAUUCGACUCCGAGUCCAAACCCGAAGAUCCCGUGGCGCGGGCUAAUGGCGCAGCUACAGCGGUCGAUGGCGACAAAAGCAAGCCGGAUGACCUCUCUAGCAUUGACCCCGACGUACAAUACUGGCUGAUGAAGGCGGAACCAGAGUCUCGUAUUGAGAAGGGCCACGAUGUCAAAUUCUCUAUCGAUGACCUUGCAGCGAAGACGGAGCCGGAAGCUUGGGACGGCGUGCGCAAUCCGAUGGCCAGAAACCAUAUGCGAGCCAUGCGCAAAGGCGAUUUGGCAUUCUUCUACCACUCAAAUUGCUCUGUUCCUGGAAUCGCAGGCGUCAUGCGGAUCGUUGCCGAACAUUCGGUCGACGAGAGUGCAUUCAACCCUGACCAUCCUUACUUCGACCCAAAGUCAGACCGCGCCAAUCCGAAGUGGGAAGUCGUCCAUGUCGAGUUCGUCAAGAAAUUUGAGAACUUCAUCACUCUACGAGAGCUGAAGACGUUCGCGAAGCCUGGUGGUGCCUUGGCGGACAUGCAGAUGUUGAAACUCUCUCGUCUCAGCGUCUCAGCCGUCAGCCCCGAAGCAUGGCGGUUCAUUCUCGACCUCGCUGGUGAGCCAACCACUCUGGGCCAUGGAGAUGGGAUGAGUGGCUACGAAUCAGAGAUUGAUGGGGAAGGUGAAGACACAGCCGGCGUCAGCGAUGCAGAUGGACUCAACGGUAUUUCCGACGGCGAGGCUCUUGGAGUGGCAGGCGGUGUCGACCUUGAAGAAUCAGCUGUCAACGUUGUUCAGGACGACAGCAGCUCCAAUUCUGUCAAUGGUGCCGAUGUUGCCGAUGUUGCCGACAAAGUCUGA